AUCCUGAAUAUGACGGAUGCCGAUCUAAACACUAUAGAUAACAGCGGUCGGACACCACUAUCAUUGGCAGUUGAGGAGGGGGACGAGGUAGCUGUGAAGCUCUUCCUUGAGGAAGGCGAUUCUGAUCUCAAUGCAAAGGACAACGAUGGUCGAACGCUACUAUUGCUGGUAGUAGCGAACUUCCAUAAGACAGUCGUAGAGCUCUUACUAGAGAAAGAUGGCGUUGAUUCCAACAUUCUAGAAAAAAAGGGGGGGACGCCACUUUCUUGGGGAGCUGGGAGCGGCUAUCAGGAAGCGAUGGAGCUUUUGCUGAAGGAAGAAGGUGUUGACCAUGACUCCAAAGACAGCAACGGUCGGACACCACUUUCUUGGGCAGCUGGAAAUGGGCGUUGGUACGGGGCCAAGCUUUUGCUUGAGAAAGACGCCAAUCCAGACAUUGCAGAUAACAACGGUUGGACACCACUGUCGUGGGUAGUCAAGAAUCAAAAUGAAUUAGUUAUCGAGCUCUUACUUAAGAGAGGCGCGAAUCUAAAUGCCGCAGACAAUGACGGUCGGACGCCGCUGUCGUGGUUAGUGGACAGGGGGUAUCACAAGUUUCUUUUUGAGAAGAAC